AUGGACAAGGCCCACCUCGGAGUCGGAGGCCUGUUAGCUCUCGACGCGUCGCCGCGGCCCCUCGGCUUCCUCAAUCUGCUACCGCCCACGACGUCGCCGCCGUUCCACAGAACAAGAACAACCACCAUGGAGGCCGCCGACGACGGAAACGGAACACCGCCAGGCAGGGGCCGUAGGUCCAUCGAGGUGGACUUCUUCUCCGACGACAAGGACAAGAAGACCGCUGCUGCUGCAGCUAACAACAAGACCUGCAGGACCACCGUGUCGCCUGACCCCGGGCCGCCGGCGGCGGGAUCGGGAUCAGCAGCCAGCUGCCUCGCCAUCAAGAAGGAGGACCUCACCAUUAACCUCCUUCCCGGCACCGGCAGCAACGCCAACGACGAGGAGGCGGCCACCAGGCUCCGGCUGCCGUACCAAGACAAGCAGAGCAGGAACACCAACGAGCUUUCGGCCAUGCAGGCGGAGCUUGCGCGCAUGAACGACGAGAACCAGCGGCUGCGCGGGAUGCUGACCCAGGUCACCAGCAGCUACCAGGCCCUCCAGAUGCAUCUCGUGGCGCUCAUGCAGGCGCGGGCCGGCGGCCCGAUGCUGCCUCCUGUGGCCCAGGCGCUGCCGCCGGCGACCGACGGCGCUGCUGUCAUGCCGAGACAGUUCCUCGGCCUAGGACCGGCGGCUGCCGAGGAGACGUCCAACUCGUCCACGGAGGUGGGCAGCCCGCGGCGGUCGUCGUCCACCGGCGGCAACAGGCGGCAGGAGCUUCAGGCGGAGCGCCGCGACAGCCCGGACCCGGCGGAUCCGUCGACAACAGCAAGGCAGCAGCAGCUAGCGCAGCAGCAGGAGGCCAGCAUGAGAAAGGCUCGCGUCUCGGUGCGCGCGCGAUCCGAAGCGCCCAUCAUCGCCGACGGCUGCCAGUGGCGCAAGUACGGGCAGAAGAUGGCCAAGGGCAACCCAUGCCCGCGAGCCUACUACCGCUGCACCAUGGCCAACGGCUGCCCCGUGCGGAAGCAGGUUCAGCGCUGCGCCGACGACCGCUCCAUCCUCAUCACCACCUACGAGGGCACCCACAACCACCCGCUCCCGCCCGCCGCCAUGGCCAUGGCCUCCACCACCUCCGCCGCCGCCUCCAUGCUGCUGUCCGGCUCCAUGCCCAGCGGGGACAUGAUGACCUCCAACUUCCUGGCGCGGGCCGUGCUGCCGUGCUCCUCCAGCAUGGCCACCAUCUCCGCCUCCGCGCCAUUCCCCACCGUCACGCUCGACCUCACCCACGGCCCGCCCGGUGGUGCUGGUGCUCCUGCUGCACGACCGCAGCCGCACUUCCAAGUGCCGCAGCCACCGCACCAGCAGGUCCAGCACCACCACCUGCAGGCGGCGGCCGCGCUCUACAGCAGUCACCAGUCUUCGUCCAAGUUCUCCGGCCUGCACAUGUCAUCGUCAUCGACAUCGGACAAUAACAAUAAUGUUGGCACUGCUAGCAGAGCCGCCGUGGCAGCGGCUGACGCGCCGCCGCACAUGGACACCGUCACCGCGGCGGCAGCGGCCAUCACAGCGGACCCCAACUUCACGGUGGCGCUGGCGGCGGCCAUCACCUCCAUCAUAGGUGGAGGAGGCCAUCCAAUUCCAAUUGCGAUGCAUCAAGGGCAAGGGCAAGGGCAAGGGCAAGGGCAGGGGCAGCAGCAGCAGGGUCCGACCCCGACCCCGACGAGUAACAGCAACGCCAACAACAACAACAAUGCGGUGGUGACAAGCAGCAGCAACAAUACGGCGACCAGCAACAGCGAGACCCAGUGA